GCAAAUUUGCCAUUUCCACAAAAAUUUACAGAGAAGAAAAUUGGUAAAUGCCACCUUUGGUUGCUGACAUUACUAAUUCAUGUUAUGUUUAGUCAUUAGAAAAAAUUAAUAUUAAUUUUGGUCACUCGAAUUGUCGAAAUAUGUCACAUUUAGUCACUUUUAGUCACACUCUCCCAUUAGUUUCCGUCCAACUCCAUUAACAGAGUUGGAUGGGGGUUAAUGGAGAGUGACUUAAUGUGACAUGUUUCAGUAAUUUGAGUGACAUUCAUGAAAAAAAGAGUAAUUCGAGUGACCGGAGUUGGACGGAGGCUAAUGGUAGAGUGACUAAAUAUGACUUGUUUUAGUAAUUCGAGUGACCAAAAUUGAUAUUAAUUUUUUCUAGUGACUAAACAUAACACGAUUUAGUAAUCUUAGUGACCAAAUGCGGCAUUUACCGGUGGCGUCUUCGGUGCACUCACUUAUUUGGGUGCAUUCAAUGCACUCUCUUCAUAACCGUUAUUUUAAACAUGGGAUUUGUGUUAAAAUAAUGUCAAUCAUCAAUUAUGAUGUGAUGAACAAUAACGCAGAUGAAUUUGCAUAAAACCCAUUAAAUAUUUACUUUAAUUUGAGGAUUUAGAGUUUAGAGAUUUAGGGUUAGGGUUUACAAUUUGGGGUUUAUGGAUAGAACUCAAAAUUGGAGGUCUAGGGCUUAGGUAAUCCACUAAUUAGUUGAAGGAUUUAAUUUGAAGGAUUUAGAGUUUAGAGAUUUAGGGUUAGGGUUUACAAUUUGGGGUUUAUGGAUAGAACUCAAAAUUGGAGGUCUAAGGCUUAGGUAAUCCACUAAUUAGUUGUUAUCAUAUGUUAUAUCAUCAUAUUACACUAAUUCUACAAGACUAAUUUUUGAGUUUUAUGAGUGCACCGAAGUAGUCACGGCAUUUGCAUGAUGAAAAUGGAAGAAAUAUGAAAGUGAAGUUUGUCAUGGCACGAUGGAGAUCCUGAUUCCUGAGUAUCAAACAACCUACCGACGCGUGAAAAGGGCGCGUGACUAACCAACGACGACAAAUUGCUGCACCAAGCUAGCGUUGAUUUCUCCUCUCUGGAGGUUCCGGCAACUUCAAAGUAGGCUGCCAAUUAACCAACAACCUCGUCUGCUGCUUUCUCUUCCCGCCCCCUCUGUGCAUUUUCGAUUCCGGAGAAACGCCCUCCGCCGGUGCAUAUAUCACAGUACGCAUCAGUUAUUUCGCAUCGCUGGUUUAGAAUAAUUCUCCACAGCUUCCCAGGACAGCAACCCCCUGCGAGCGAAUCAAAUGCGAUCUCUGAAUCACCACCGCCCAAACAUCCGACCCGGUUGCUCUCGCCGGCGGAGUCACUCUUCUAUUCUCGACGCAGCAUCAUCGCUGUCCUUCUAUUCCCGUCCGUCUUAUAAUCCCCAGUUGAAAGCAUUACGGGUAAACCGAAAUGCAAUUCGGUUACAUGAUAGAGCUGUUCAAACUAGAGCGUUUGAUGUGGAUUCGUUCUUUAUGUCCCCUGUCGAUGAUUGGGGUGACAAUGAGGAUUUUCCUGUUGACUACGUGUUCUCAUCCAGUGAUGCCGAUAGCAGCGAUGGGGAAUUCGUGCUGAGUCCUUUGACUGAUAUGGAUUUACCUACUUCUAAGGUGUCGACUAACGAUGCUGUUACAUUAACAGCUCACCGCCUAGGAUUGAUUGGGAGGGGUCACAGAAGACAUAGAGUCAAUUACGGGAUUUGGAACAAUUUUGGGUUGAUAACCUUCUUGACGGUGCUGCUUCUGUUUAUUGACUGGCGUGCCUGGAAGAUUGUAAGGGUACCCCUGCCAUCAUUAUACUUAUCUCGGCCCUUUUUCUUAUCAGCAGCUUUAGUCGCAUGUGCGGGCUACAUUUGUGUCCCAUUGCUUGACGCUUUGAUGAUUCACGAGACUGUCAGGAGAGUAGGGCAUUUUAUGUAUUCCAGGAAGAGGGAAACACCUACAAUGGGUGGCCUGUUUACGGUUCCUAUCGGUGUAGGUGUCUCUUUCUUCUUUGUUGGUUUUACUUGUGUCGAAGUUUCUGCUGCAGCAUUAGCAACUAUUGCAUUUGGUGCCAUUGGUUUUCUUGAUGACAUUGUAAGGGUUAUCAACCGACAUCACUGUGGCCUGUCUAUGUGGACAAAAGUUCUUUUGGAGGUGGCUUCAGGAACUGGUUUUGCAGUUUGGCUAAGCACGGCAAACAUAUCAUCACCUUACAGCAUGAAAAUGUUGGUUCCUCUACCCGCUCCGCUGGGCCUUGUUUGCUUGGGGAAAUUUUAUUUGGUGCUGACUUCUCUAUGCUUUGUCUCCAUGGGACGUGGGAUUGACCUAACAGAUGGUCUUGAUGGGCUAACUGCUGGAACUGCUGCAUCGGCUUUUACAGGAAUGGCAGUUGCAGUGCUACCGAUAUGUCCUGAACUUGGCAUAUUUGGAGCAUCAAUGGCAGGUGCCUGUGUUGGUUUUCUGCUGCACAACCGGUACAAGGCAUCGGUCCUGCUGGGAGACACGGGAUCUUUGGCCUUAGGAGGAGCAUUAGCUGCAAUGGCUGCUUGUACUGGGAUGUUCUUUCCAUUGUUUCUUUCAUCUGGAAUCUUCCUUUUAGAAGCACUCUCGGUUGGAAUGCAGGUCAUUUUUGGAGUUGUCAACUUGAAGACAAGGAAAGGGCUGAAGGCAGGAAUAGAGCGGUAUGCGACGUGCAUCACACCUCUCCAUCGGCACCUCCAAUUAUGGGGAGUGAAGGAACCCGUCAUUGUUGCUAGUGCAUAUGUUAUAUCAAGCUUCUUGGCCUUGACCGGAGGAUAUGUUGCUCUAAUCUCAGCUUAGCUUCUCUUUCUAUUUCUACUAAUGAUCACUAGGUUUGUCCUUCUUUUCCAUAGCUUGGUGAUUCUGACUACGAAAACCACUAUACAUGUGUUCAGAGACCACAGUAGAAUAGAAGAUAGACGAUAGU